AUGGCUUACAAAGGAAGCGCACCGGCAGAGGAGUACGUGGUCGGCGAGCUGGUGCCGGGGCGCCGUCGCCUUCGACGCUACGUGGCGGUCCAGGUGCACGUGCAGGUGCCCUUGCCGCCGGCCAAGCCUAUCCGGCAACCGCCGCCGCCACCGCCGGCCCCCGCAGGAGGCGCACACGCGGCCCGAGCGGGCGGAGGUCCUUUGGCUCCCUCGGCAGAAGAGGCAGCAGAGGUGCAGGACGCGAUGGAGCAGAGCGACGCUCCUGCCGCGCCGGUCGCCCCGCUGCGCCGGGUGCGUGGCAAGUCGGCCCCCGGUGCGAAGCCGAAGGCGCGGGGCAAGGUCCCGAUCCGGAAAGAUUCAGGGGGCGGCAUCGGGCGUCGCCCCAAAGAUCCGCGUCCCGUGAGCCAUUGGCAGAAAUGUUACUAUCUCGCGAAGAUCGAAGACCUCGGGGACAAGCUAACAGUGGUGCAACGCCGCAUCGACGAGGCGAGACCAGAGCUUCGACGGAGAGAAAGAGAGAGAGAGGUUCAGGUUUAG